GCCGCUCUACUGCGAAUGAAACAAGACAGCUCUUCGUCAGGGCUCAACUCGCGCAGCCGACCUCGACAGCACGGCGGCGGCGGCGGCGGGGGGGGGCUGGCGACUCCUGACUGGCCUCCUUUCUCCAGUCACCCCCUGUCAGCCCUGAGUCUGCUCAGCUCUCAGGAGGACUACCAGAGUGAAGAAAGUGAAGAGUUCGGGCCUGUUUUCUUCCUGGAGCCGGAUGAUGUCAUUUUCCCUCUGGAUUCUACCGAGAAGAAAGUGGUGAUGCAAUGUGACGCACGGGGAAAUCCGCCGCCCACGUACAGUUGGUUCAUCAACGGGACGGAGGUGGUGGAGGAGGCGGAUUACCGCUACAGCCUCAUUGACGGAAACUUGAUCAUCACCAACGCGAGUGAGAUCUCUGACUACGGGAAGUACCAGUGUAAAGCAGUAAACCGCUUCGGGAGCGUUUUCAGUCGAGACGCUCUGCUGCAGUUCGCAUAUCUGGGAGCUUUCAGCGGGAAGACCAGAGGGGGGGUCUCCGUGCGUGAAGGCCAAGGCGUGGUGCUCAUGUGCACCCCCCCUCCUCAUUCACCAGAGAUCAUCUACAGCUGGGUGUUCAACGAGUUCCCCUCCUUCGUGGCCGAGGACAGUCGGCGCUUCAUCUCCCAGGACACGGGGAACCUGUACAUCUCCAAGGUGCAGCCCUCUGACGUAGGGAGCUACAUCUGCCUGGUGAAGAACACGGUGACGAAUGCACGAGUUCUGAGCCCCCCCACACCGCUGACACUGAAGACCGACGGUGUCAUGGGUGAAUAUGAGCCCAAAAUUGAAGUGCAUUUCCCUACAUCUGUUCUGGCUGCCAAAGGAGUUACUGUCAGGCUGGAAUGCUUUGCUCUGGGGAACCCAGUGCCGACGAUCACAUGGAGGAAGAUAAAUGGAAACAUCCCCAAGAAGGCUCGGCUUCGCAAGUCGCAGGCCGUGCUGGAGAUCCCCAACAUCCAGCUGGACGACUCGGGGACGUACGAGUGCAAAGCGGAGAACCCGAGAGGCGGCACGUCUUUCAAAGGACAGCUGCAGGUCUACACCUUCCCUCAGUGGGUCAGAAUGAUUAAUAACACCCAGAUGGAUAGUGGAGAGAAGCUCCAUUGGGAGUGCAAGGCCACAGGGAGGCCCCGGCCCACCUACCUCUGGCUCCGCGACGGUUUGCCCUUGACCCCCCAGGGUCAUGUUGUGAUUAUGAACGGAGACCUGACGAUUCACAACGUGCAGCGGACGGACUCGGGGAUGUACCAGUGUGUCGCAGAGAACAAAUACGGGACCAUCUACUCCAGUGCUGAGCUGACGAUUUUAGCGUCGGCUCCUGUCUUCGUCCCGAACCCCGUCCGGGUCAUCGCUACGCUCGGCAAAGACGUGUCGCUCGAGUGCAAACCCAGAGCGUCGCCCAAGCCGCGGAUAACCUGGAAGAGAGGAGACAGACGGAUACAACCCAAUAGAAGGAUUAUGUUGUUGCGGAACAACACUCUGAGAAUUGUUAACUCCAGCCGAGCGGACGAGGGCAACUACGCGUGCCUGGCAGAGAAUCAGUUCGGCUCGGCAGAGAUGACGGCCAUGCUGUGGGUAAAAGAGGCCAUGCGUGUGGAGCUUAGCCCGGUCCGGGUGGAGGUCACCGUGGGCGAGAGCGUGGUGCUGAGCUGCAAGGCGACACAUGACACAUCGCUGGACGUGGCCUUCCAGUGGCUCUUCAACCAGAGACCCAUCAACUUCCAGCAGGACGGCGGCCACUUUGAAUACAUCCAAACCCAGUCCUCCACGGUGGACCUGAUGAUUAGGAGCAUACUGCUGAAGCAUGCUGGGAAGUACGGGUGCCGGGCCCAGACCAGCGCUGACACGGUGUUUGCCGAGGCUGAGCUUCUUGUGCGAGGUCCUCCCGGCCCCCCCGGAGUGGUGAUCGUGGAGGAGAUCACAGACACCACAGCCACCCUGUCCUGGACCCGUGGCCUCGACAACCACAGCCCUAUCAGCACCUAUAAUUUACAGGCCCGCAGCCCAUUUUCAUUAGGCUGGCAAACUGUCAAAACAGACCCAGACCCAGUGACCGGGAACAUGGAGUCGGCCAUUGCUGUGGAGCUCAACCCCUGGGUGGAGUACGAGUUCCGGGUCGUGGCGAGCAACGCGAUCGGGACCGGAGAUCCCAGUGCUCCUUCCAGGGGAGUGAGGACUAAAGAAGCAGUCCCAGCAGUGGCACCAGCGAAUGUUAGUGGUGGAAACGGCCGCAGGCACGAACUGGUGAUCUCAUGGGAGCCGGUGUCUGAGGAGUUCCAGAACGGCGAAGGCUUCGGCUACAUCGUGGCUUUCCGCGCCAACGGGACCCGAGGCUGGAAGGAGAAGAUGGUGACUUCGGCCGACUCCACCACGUACAAGUACCGAGACGAGACCUUCCCCCCCCUCACGCCGUUCGAGGUGAAGGUCGGCGUGUACAACAACAAGGGAGACGGGCCCUUCAGCAAAGUCGUUGUCAUCCACUCGGCUGAGGGGGAACCGAGGGAAGCACCAACCGAUGUGAAGGCUCAGAGCUUUUCUUCAUCUGAAAUCCGGGUCACCUGGAAACCCCCCAACCCCGGCCCCGGGAGACCGAGAGGAUACGAGGUCAGCUACUGGAAAGACAUGGAGCAGGAAGAGUCGGGAAAGAAACAGAGAACCGUGAAAAACGAAACAUCCAUGGUGUUGACGCGCCUGGACGGCAACAGUGUGUAUCUCAUCAUCGUGAAAGGGUUCAACAGCAUCGGCCAGGGUCCUGCCAGCGCCGCCGUCUCGGCCAAAACCAGGAAAGCCCCUCCGGCUCAACCUCCUGCCAACCUCAUGUGGAUUCAGGAGGGCAACAACGUGUCUUUGAGCUGGGACCCGGUGAAGGCCAACGACAAUGAAUCUGAUGUCAUUGGUUACAUGGUGUUGCUCAAGCAGGAGGGCAGAGGUCACAACCAGGUGACCCGAACCAUCAACCCGUCCACCAUGCUCUCACUGCCGGAGGGAGGCACCUACAUCAUGGAGGUGCGAGCCCUCAGCGAAGGAGGAGAAGGAGCCGUCAGCUCCCAGGUUCGAGUCGUCACCUCCUCCGGUGUUCGAGCAAAGAGCAGCCAGUGCUCGGUGCACCGUGUGCCUCACAGCCUGGCCUGGACGGCUCUGCUCCUGGUUCUCCUGGUGCCUUCAGCGUCCUGGUGA